CGCACGCGCCGCCGGCCGGGGGAGCCCUGGAAGCGCAACUCAGGAAUGAGAUGGAGAAGUACGAGCGGAUCCGAGUGGUGGGAAGAGGUGCCUUCGGGAUUGUGCACCUGUGCUUGCGGAAGGCUGACCAGAAGCUGGUGAUCAUCAAGCAGAUCCCAGUGGAGCAGAUGACCAAGGAAGAGCGGCAGGCAGCACAGAACGAGUGCCAGGUGCUCAAGCUACUCAACCACCCCAAUGUUAUUGAGUACUAUGAGAACUUCCUGGAGGACAAGGCCCUCAUGAUCGCCAUGGAAUAUGCUCCAGGCGGCACUCUGGCCGAGUUCAUCCACAAGCGCUGCAAUUCCCUGCUGGAGGAGGAGACCAUCCUUCAUUUCUUCGUGCAGAUCCUGCUUGCCCUGCAUCAUGUGCACACCCACCUCAUCCUGCACCGGGACCUCAAGACCCAGAACAUCCUUCUUGACAAGCAUCGCAUGGUUGUCAAGAUUGGUGACUUUGGCAUCUCCAAGAUCCUCAGCAGCAAGAGCAAGGCCUACACGGUGGUGGGUACUCCAUGUUACAUCUCCCCUGAGCUGUGUGAGGGUAAACCCUACAACCAGAAGAGUGACAUCUGGGCUCUGGGCUGUGUCCUCUAUGAGCUGGCCAGCCUCAAAAGAGCCUUUGAGGCUGCAAACCUGCCAGCGCUUGUGCUCAAGAUCAUGAGCGGCACUUUUGCACCCAUCUCUGACCGGUACAGCCCUGAGCUCCGCCAGCUUGUCCUGAGUCUGCUCAGCCUGGAGCCUGCACAGCGGCCAUCUCUGAGCCACAUCAUGGCACAGCCCCUCUGCAUCCGGGCCCUCCUCAACCUUCACACUGACGUGGGCAGCGUCCGCAUGCGGAGGGCAGAGAAGUCCCUGGCCCCAGGACCAUCUAUUGCUUCUGGCAACACAGGAAGCAGGACCACCAGUGUCCGAGGCAGGGGUGUUCCCCGGGCACCUGUGCGGCCAGCCAUCCCACCGCCCCUGUCCUCUGUGUACACCUGGGGCGGUGGACUCAGUACUCCCCUGCGACUGCCCAUGCUCAACACAGAGGUGGUCCAGGUGGCCGCUGGGCGCACGCAAAAGGCUGGCGUCACGCGCUCAGGUCGUCUCAUCCUGUGGGAGGCCCCACCUCUAGGCGCUGGCGGUGGCGCUGCCCUCCCCGGGGCAGUGGAGCAGCCUCAGCCCCAGUUCAUCUCCCGUUUCCUGGAGGGCCAGUCGGGUGUGACCAUCAAGCACGUGGCCUGCGGGGACCUGUUCACGGCUUGCCUGACUGACCGAGGCAUCAUCAUGACUUUCGGCAGUGGCAGUAAUGGGUGUCUAGGCCACGGCAGCCUCACUGACAUCAGCCAGCCUACCAUUGUGGAAGCCCUGCUGGGCUAUGAGAUGGUGCAGGUGGCCUGUGGGGCCUCUCAUGUAUUGGCCCUGUCCACUGAGCGAGAACUGUUUGCUUGGGGCCGAGGCGAUAGUGGAAGACUGGGAUUAGGCACCAGGGAGUCCCAUAGUUGCCCUCAGCAGGUGCCUAUUCCCCCAGGACAGGAAGCCCAGAGAGUUGUAUGUGGCAUCGAUUCUUCUAUGAUCCUUACCGUGCCUGGCCGAGCCCUGGCCUGUGGGAGCAACAGGUUCAACAAACUGGGCCUGGACCACCUAUCACUGGCUGAGGAACCUGUUCCCCAGCAGCAUGUGGAGGAGGUCCUGAACUUCACACCACUGGCAUCUGCUCCCCUGGAUCAGGAGCCUCUGCUGAGUGUAGACCUGGGCACUGCUCAUUCAGCUGCUGUGACUGCCUCAGGUGACUGCUAUACUUUUGGCAGCAAUCAGCAUGGACAGUUGGGCACCAAUGUUCGUCGGGGCAGCCGGGCACCCUGUCAGGUCCAAGGCCUUGAGGGCAUCAAGAUGGUGAUGGUGGCCUGUGGGGAUGCCUUCACUGUUGCUAUUGGGGCAGAUGGUGAAGUGUACUCUUGGGGUAAAGGGGCCCGAGGUCGACUGGGAAGGAGGGAUGAGGAUGCUGCACUCCCCAGGCCAGUGCAGCUAGAUGAGACACACCCUUACACGGUGACUUCCGUGUCCUGUUGCCAUGGAAACACUCUCCUGGCUGUCCGAUCAGUCACGGAGGAGCCAGUUCCCCCCUGAAGCACCAAGAUAAACCUUGAUGACCAACCAGAUACUACUUCACCUCUCUGGUGUCCUGAAAAAGCCCAGGUGCCUGAGGCACAACUGUUUCUAGCCCCCUGGACUGUCAUCCACUCAUCAAUUGAGUGGCAGGGCCAGUGAAACCCUGUUCCGCUUUCAGCCCAGGUUAGGGAAACCCACCCUCCUCUCUCCCUACCUCUCUUCCCACUCCUUCCCUUAUUCAGUGUCUGCAGGCUCCAGCCUGGCUGGAGUUGACAACCAAACCUAGUUGAACUUCAGAGCCUUUGCUAUAAAAACACCUCCCCUGGCCUAGUUAGAAAACAAGUCCCCAGGCCCACUAGGAGAUGAGCUCCAUGUUUUGGAGAAGGGCAAGACAGGGCCUGCCUGGGCUGGCCAUUAGGAAUGCCUAACCCCUCCAAAGCCCAGGGCAGAGAGGUCUAAGAGAGCCCCCUUUCAGUCUUUGCUCCCUAGGCAGGAAUUUGCACAACUUCUGAGAGCCUCUUCCCCUGAGGGAGUGCUAGAGCCACGAAGUGGCUGUAGAGAGGAGCCUGCUGAAGGUUACCCCUCAACCUGGCCAUUUUCCAGGGGGGAAAAAAAAAGUAGCUGGGUCAGACCAGACCAGUUUCCCAAAAGACUGGAAGUAGCACCAAUAAAAAUAUCAACUGCC